GCCGAUGGCAUGGCCUGGCUCGCCAGCGUGCCCGUCUUCCGGCGCCUGGAACGCUGCGAACUGCCUUUGCUGGCUGCAGCCUUCCACAGCGCAAGCUUCACUCCAGGGGAGACGAUCUUCCGAAAGGGCGAUCCUCCAGAGGCCUUCUACGUGAUUCAGGAGGGAGAGGCGCAUGUGCUCGACGAGAACGAGGGGCUCAUCGCCGUGCUCAAGGCAGGAGACUACUUCGGAGAGGCUGCUCUGAUCUCGAACAAGCCCCGGAAUGCCACCAUCCGAGCAGCUCCAACGAACUCGGACGAUCCGAACAGCGGAGGCAGCGGAGGCCUCUCAGUGCUGAUGCUUGGUCGGGAAGACUUCGACCAGAUGGAUUUGCGACACAAGCUACGGCUCCCCAAACGCGAGGCGAUUCUGCCGCGCGUGGCCAAAGCGGAGCGGGCGAAGGAGCAGCUGAGCGAUCAGCAGGUUGGGCUGAUUGUGAAGGCGAUGCAAGAAAAUCCCAAGCUCGGGCCGCUCCUGGAGUCCUUUCCCCAGCAGGAUUUGAAGACAAUUGCAGCAAUGGCGGUCUCUCGUCAGGUCACCACCGGAGAGAAUCUGGUGACCCAGGGGGACAGCAAGGCCGACUCGUUCUACAUCUUGGAGAAGGGCAAAGUGGGGGUUUGGAGGGAUGGCAAGGUCUGUGGUGAGUUUGGUCCCGGCUUCAGUUUUGGAGAAGUGGCCCUUUUGAUGCGUAGCAAGCGCACGGCCACGGUGAAAGCCAAUGAGCCCUGCGUCUUGUGGUCUUUGAGCGCUUCCGAUCUCCAGGCUGUGACUCAGGCGCGCUUGCAGAGCAAGUUCGAUGCCUGGGCCAAGAUUCUGAAGAAUGUGCCUGACUUGGAGUUCCUGUCCUCCUACGAACGCGGGAAGAUUGCUGAGAGCCUGGUGGAGGUGAAGUAUGAGGCUGGUGAGACCAUUGUCUCGCAGGGUGAGGUGGCCUCGGAGUUUUUUGUCCUCCUUGAGGGCAGACUGCAUAUCAGCGUGGAUGGGAAGCCAGUGGGUGAAUACCAUGCGGACGCGAACAAAGGGCUUCACCCACACUUCGGCGAGCAGGCCUUGGUGAAAAACACCACGCGUACAGCCACCGUACGCACCGCAGCGAAAAGCACGGUGCUGGUGCUGAGCAAGGAGGUUUUUCAACGGGUGAAGCAGAUGUGGGGAGAAGACCGUUCGCCCAUUAUGUGGAGCGGACAGCAGCACACCACCUCCUACAAGCGGACGGACCUGGUGGUGAUGCAGCGCCUGGGCGCCGGAGCCUUUGGCGCCGUCAACCUGGUGGAGCACGUGCCUUCGCACACGCUCUUUGCACUGAAGUCCUUGGAUAAGUCUCAGAUUGAUGCGUCGGAGAGCCAGAAAUGCGUGCUGAAUGAGAAGAACGUCAUGAGGAUGACAGACAGCAACUUCUUGGUACGUGGCGCGGCCUUCUACAACUUGAGUUCGAACAUUGAGUUUCUCAUGGAAGCCGUGCUGGGUGGAGAGGUUCGAGACGUCUACUCGGAGAAGAACCUUUGGGGUCAGAAUGAGCUCGUCCGCUUUCACGUGGCUUGCACCGCACGUGGCCUGGAUCAUUUACACACCAGGCACAUCCUCUACCGUGACUUGAAGCCGGAGAACCUCAUUUUGGACUCCAAAGGCUAUGCAAAGAUUUGCGACUUUGGCCUGGCCAAGUUUGCCCUCGGCCGCGCGCACACCUUUUGUGGAACUCCAGAUUAUUUAGCUCCCGAACUUGGAGAUAUGGAAGGCUACACCAAGGCUGUGGAUUGGUGGUCUUUGGGCAUCAUGGUCUUCGAACUCAUGACGGGCGACACCCCCUGGGCGACGAGCGACCCUUUUGAGAUUGUGGCUUUGGCAAAGAAAGGCCUCCAGCAGAAAUGCAUCUUCUGGCCCUCUGACGCAGGCUUUUGGAAGGCUUUUGUGCUGAGCCUUUGUCAAACGGAACCCAACAGUCGACUUCCUUUGAGGAGAGGCGGCAUGGAGAAAUUGGAGACACAUCAGUGGUACAAGGAGGAUCCGGAGUUCAAUUGGGCUGCCCUGGACCAGCGGACGAUGCCAGCUCCAUGGGUCCCAGACGUGUCAUGCCCAAAGAGCACGAAGGGUUGGGCUCUCAAAGAGGAUCCGCCUUUGAGCACCUCCGACUGGGCUGCGGAUUUCGAGGACAUCGAGGGCUCUCCACCGGAGGUCUUCAACCCAUGAGGUCCACAUGCGGAAGACAAGACUCUCACAGUCUCCGGUCGUACCUGCGUGGGUCAUUUGGUGUGGGUCAAAGGGGUGGGCAGUCCCAAGACUUCGGUUGAGGUCUUUGGUGGUGGCUGGGGAUACCUUUUGAACCGUCUGCACCGGCUCGAAAAACCGACCAACGACCCAAUUCAAGUACAAAAAAAGACACGAGCUGUUCGCAUGGUCCGGAUCCUGAUCGAACUAAGAGAUCUGUAUCCAUGGAUGUGCGAGUAUAUCCGAGGUGGUGCAGGAUUUCAAAACAGAAUCCAAUGCUCCCCUCGAAAAUGGGUUUCGAUCACUGCGCUGGUUCCCAAGACUAGCCUGUCAACCUUGGUUGAGGCAACCUCUUCAACCUGCUCGGCGGUUUUGCCGCGUGCCGCGUUCCAGGGGCGUUUGUAUAGUAAGAGCCCUCGCGGAAGCCUCUGUUGGCACAAAGAAAAGUCUGAGUUGUUCCUGUCGGGCCA